CUUUCUCACAGAUUCAGCAUGUGCAGCUACAUCCAAGUGCAGGUGUUCACAGUGAGUGUGGGGUCUACAGGCACCAGUAAGGUUUUUAUAAGAAGCAAAAGGCAAAUAGAGGCAUCCUGGGGCUGGUGCAAGGCUGUUUUACACAUGAUGGGAAUAACUGGGUGUGGGGGAAAGGAGCAAGGGCAAGUAUGCCAAAGCUUAGGAUGUUCUUAUUGGGGGAGAGCUGCUUGUAGGAUGCAUAGACAUCAAAUACUGUCUGCCAUUCAGCGUUGCUUCAUUAACUUGUAUCCCACCAAUUAUUGGUAUCCCUAAAGUAAACAGUGUGCAUCUUUUAUGGAUGGGAUGGCGUGUCCUUCUAUAUGUAUAUGUGAACAGAGUAGGGCAUCUUUGUGAGAUGGGGUGGUGUGCCCUGAUGCUACAGCUGACAUGCAAACUAUAUAGUGGCUGUAGGGAAACAAGUGGCAUCUGACCACACAAGAGGAAAAAACACUCCAAAACCUCCAGGUUUGCAUGGCUGCAUGAGCUAGGAACUAGCAGUGGGGGAAACGGCAGCUACUGUUACCAGACCCAGCUUCUUUGGAAAAAGAAAACUGAGCCAGUUUCAGGAAGAUCGAGCCCCUGUCUGGCCUCAGGCCACUUUUUAUUAUCGGCAUUACAAACCCAGCCAGCACCGUCAGCAGGAAAGGGUGAUGGGUGAAAACCACCCCCAGCCCCGGGGGCCUCCCGUGCACCACCACACUUCUCCUAUUCCCUGGCUCAAAUAGGGGAUGCUGCUGGGCUGGGGCCAGGUCCUGUCAGCAUGGCAAUGCGGGCAGCCCUACUGCUAGGGCUGCUGCUGGUGGUCCUGUGCCCUGGGAAUGCAGCCCUCCUGGAAGCCAAUGGCAACCUGAACUGCCGCUGUGUCAAGACCACCACUGCCUUCAUUCCUUUGUGGAAGUAUGAGAGCAUCGAGGUGCGGCCAGCGGGGAGCAGUUGCAGGCGCAUGGAGGUGUUGAUUAAACUAAAGACCCUCGAGAGGAUCUGUGUGGAUCCCAGCACCCCCUGGGUGAGGAAGCUCCUGCAGGACCUCCCGAAGCUGAGGAAGAAAGCUGCUCCCCAGUGAGACCUGGCACGAUAACCUCAUGGGUUACGCUCACAGCUGGAAACCCUGCUCCUCACCACUGCUUCUCCCCCAGCCCAGAGGGCAUUUUCCCCUGUUAUGCACCCAUGGAAAUGCAGAGGCCUUUCCCCAGCUCCACAGUGAUGCAUCCCACUGCCCCCCCAGCAUCAGCAACAAGUGAGAUGUCCCCUCCGAGCACACCACACUGAGAUCUAAUAAAGACAGCAGCUUUCCCUCUUUUACCAUCA